UUGACCCAAAUCGGCAUUAAUGACAGUCUUCAAAGUAACAUUCCAAAUCUCUCUCUCAUUCACAAGUUGCGAAGAAUAUGGCGACCGAGGAUGUGAACGAAGAAGCCCUUGCGGCGGCGGAAGUAACGGAGAAGCAGCCUCAUAAGCUCGAAAGAAAAUGGUGUUUCUGGUUCGAUAACCAAUCUAAGCAAGAGCAAGGCGCUGCCUGGGGAGCUUCCCUUCGUAAAGCCUGUACCUUCGACACUGUCGAAGAUUUCUGGGGUUUGCACGAGACUAUAUUCAUCCCCAGCAAAUUGACGCCGAAUGCUGAAAUUCACAUGUUCAAAGCUGGUGUUGAGCCCAAGUGGGAAGAUCCAGAGUGUGCUAAUGGCGGAAAGUGGACUUAUGUUGUUGCCAACAGCAGGAAGCAAGCUUUAGACAAGGCUUGGCUUGAAACUUUGAUGGCUUUGAUUGGAGAGCAAUUCGAUGAGGCAGAUGAGAUUUGUGGUCUUGUUGCUAGUGUGCGCCAAAAGCAAGACAAGCUCUCAUUGUGGACAAGGACUAAAUCAAAUGAAGCUGUCCUGUUCGUCAUCCGAAUACGAUCGCCUACCCCGAGAAGUUUUUCGAAAGUGCUCAAGCGAUCGCGGCGCAUAGUCAUCUUCGUUGGCCGGAUCUCAGUCGGGAGUGGAUACGUCGUCAGCAAGCUAGGAUCGCUAGAGUUGAUUGGGAGUCGAGGCUUCCUUGCGUUCCCGGUCCCCGUAAGUCGCGCCUCCCUUUGUUUACUCGCAAACAACAGAGACUUCUCGACAAAGCCAGAGAAAUGGGUGGAGUUCCGGAUCUAAGCGCCCUGUUAAAAGGGAAGUUGCAACCGCUCACGAAGAAAUCGACUACAGUCGAUUCUCAGGGACCGUCUAAUUCUGGAGUCGACGUCACUUCUGAAGGUGGUGGAACCUCCCGAGAAGGGCCUCCAAAGAAGGAGCCUUCAGAGAGGAAGGCCCUAUUGCAAUUGAUCAGGGGGGCAGGGCAGAGACUUCUGCUUCAGGUCCCAAGAAGAAGAAAAAGACCAAAAGGACUAAAGUGGGAGCGACCGACGAGGUUCCUCUCGAAGAGUCUGCUUCCCUCGAUGCGACUUUUGAGGGUUUGAAGGCCAAAAAGAAGAAGGAUGGGAGGAAAAGGUCUCGUGGCGGGGCAGAAGGGCAGGAGACUGUUUUAGUCGGGGCGGCAUCAGAUGGUCACCCGAGGAAGAGAACCAAGAGGUCUGUCGAGGCAGAGCCCCGUCCCUCUACCUCCGACGCGAACGCUGCUGACGAGGCCUUAGUCGACGCUGUUGGGGAGGCCAGCGGCACUCCUGAAAACCUGUCAGAGGAAAGGAGGAAAACCUUGAUGUGCCGUGGGCUAGCGCACCGGGCAAAACAGGCAUGCAUGGCUUGAUCAUGGAAAGCAGUAAAGAUAUAUGUUCAUUGUUUGACUCAUAUCUUCCAAACCACGAGGCUUCUACGCAUGAAAUCACUUGGAGAAUGUUCUCAACUCAAUUACGUAGCUCCUUGAAGAAGAAUCAGAUCAAACGGAGUUCAUAUGUGAUAGUUAUGCUAUUUACAAAUCAGGUGAUCUUCAGUUCUCGCGAAUUCAGACCACCCGAGAAGCUCGAAAUGGCUAACCUUGUUUCUGAUGAACCAAUGGUCAAUUCAAUCAUGACAAAAGUUAUUAUUCAUGUUCUAAAUGUUCAAGAAAGCAUUGGGCUUGAUGGUUUUCAAAAAAAUUCAAAAACGAACUUGUUUGGGCCAAAUGGAGAAACCGAUAAAUAUUGGCUAAGGGAAAAGAUGGAUUUCGACCAGGCCUCAAAGGGACAUGUCUUGGCCCAUAUCAGGAGUAUAUUCUUCUCCUUUCAAAGUCCUGGUCGUGGCUAUAUGAAGAGGUAGUCCAAGUUUCAGUCAAAGACUUUAUUUAGUCAAGUCUUUGUUUCUAUUUCCAAUGUCUUGUUUUUAGCAUAUUUUUCUUUGGAUCUCUACAACUUGUAAUCCUAUAAAUAA